AUGUUAAUUCCUCUUUGCAACCCUUCUCUUUCACUUCAAUCGGCCUCAAUUCAUGGAAAACCUAACAAGACAAUCAUCUCAAUCACCAACUCUGCAUCUUCCGGCAACAGAGUAAGCACCCAGCGAAGAACAAUCUCAGCAUUCGAAGCUCGAAUCUCUCUCCUAUUCGCUCUCGCUUCUCAAUCCACCUCUCUCUCCCAGCGACUUGUUGCCGAUUUGGCUAACGAGACUGCUAAAUACUUGUUUCCGAAAAGAUUUGAAAGCAGCACUCUCGAAGAAGCGUUGAUGACAGGUGUUCCGGACCUUGAGACUAUCAAGUUUAAAGUUCUGAGUAGAAGGGACCGGUAUGAGAUUAGGGAAAUUGAGCCUUACUUUGUAGCAGAGGCUACAAUGCCAGGGAAAAAUGGUUUUGAUUUCAGCGGUGCUUCUCAGUCAUUUAAUAUUCUUGCUGAAUACCUUUUUGGUAAGAAUACAAUGAAGGAAAAAAUGGAAAUGACUACACCCGUUUUUACCAGUAAGAAUCAAUCCGACGGGCUUAAAAUGGAUAUGACAACUCCUGUGUUGACAACAAAGAUGGGAGAUCAAGAUAAAUGGAAAAUGUCUUUUGUCAUGCCUUCAAAGUACGGUUCUAACUUGCCACUGCCUAAAGAUUCCUCUGUGACAAUUAAAGAAGUGGCUAGAAAAAUAGUUGCUGUAGUUGCCUUUUCAGGUUUUGUGAAUGAUGAAGAAGUUAAGCGGCGUGAACUGAAACUAAGAGAAGCUUUGAAAAAUGACGGACAAUUCAAAAUUAAAGAGGGAACUUCAGUAGAAAUUGCGCAGUACAAUCCCCCAUUUGCUCUUCCAUUUCAACGCCGUAACGAGAUUGCGUUGGAAGUGGAGUGGAAAAAUCAGUAG